AUGCAAGCAUCCUUAUUAAUCUUAUUUAUACUAUGCAUCACAGAAAUUGCAGCUAGUCCAAUUAAGGUAGUCUCACCACAAAAAUCUCUUGACAAUGAAUGCCAAGAAAUCGAUUCCAAUCAGGAAAUAGCCUAUUCAGAAAUAAUCGAUCCCUUGGGAAAAAGGCGCAUUGGGAGUAGUUCAGGAGGUAGAAGCAGUGGUGGGCGCAGUUCAAGUGGUAGCAGUAGCCAUUACAGUUCAGGUGGUAGCAGUAGCCAUUACAGUUCAGGCGGUGGCAGUGGAAGUAGCACCAAAGGAAAUCCCUCAAGUGGAGACAACACUGAUAGUAGUAGUAGUGGAAGCACAGGUAAGAAAGGUGGAAGUUCCAGUGGAAGCAAUACUGGAAGUGGUUCAAGCAGUGGUCUGAGAGCUGGAAGUUCAGUGAAUUCAUAUACUUAUAGAUGUGGACUUUUUCAAGGUAGACGAACUUGUGGAUAUGGUUCUUAUUAUGCCCCAACUGCUGCUGCCGCCGCCGCUGGGUAUGGGACUGCUAGAUACCAUGGAUCAACAAAUGUUACUAGUACCAGUCAUGGAGAAUCAUCUUCCUCGUUGGCAAGUGGUGAGAUUUCAUCAGCGACUAGUUCAAAAGCUGGUGGUGUCGGGAUUUUUAUUCCUUCUCAUGGGAGUUUAUUCGUAAUGUCCGCUUUGGCAUUUAUAUAG